GUUUCAAACAUGACGCUGACACGACACAUCUCGCUUUUUCUUCUUCGUUUCCGUCUUCGUACAGAUUUGAAAUCCAAAUUUGAAUAAUUCAUACACACAACUCUUCUCUCAAUUGAUCAUAUUCUUUCCACUGAUUAACCGAUCAGAUCGAACAAAUAAACCAUGGAUGAGGUCAUGACAGUCGCCGAUGCAGUUUCCUCCUCGCGAACCGCCGCUCAAACGACGUCGUCUUCAUCAUCUACGGCCUCAUCGUUGUCCGUGUUACCGAGUAACCUCCCUCUCCUCUCCGCUUUUCUCUCCUGCGCACUUGCCCAGUUCUUUAAGAUCUUCACCAAUUGGUAUAAAGAAAAGAGAUGGGAUUCUAAAAGAAUGUUCGACUCUGGCGGAAUGCCGUCUUCUCAUUCCGCUACCGUGACCGCACUAGCGAUGGCUAUAGGCCUACAAGAAGGGACGGGAUCGCCGGCUUUUGCAAUUGCGGUUGUCUUAGCCUGUGUGGUGAUGUAUGAUGCCACAGGUGUCAGGCUUCAUGCUGGGCGGCAAGCUGAGUUGCUAAAUCAAAUUGUCUGCGAGUUUCCUCCUGAACACCCAUUAUCCAGUGUUAGACCACUGCGUGAAUUACUUGGGCACACUCCACUUCAGGUUGUGGUUGGAUCCUUGUUGGGAUGCAUUGUAGCAUACCUUAUGAGAAGCACAGACUAGUACUGCGGCAUUACGGCUAUCUCGUACUCGUUAGUAGUGAGUUGAUUUGCAGAAGUCUCAAAUUGUCGGCCAGAGUGCUGUAUAUGACAUUCAAUUAUUGGAGGAGGCAAUGCCUGGAAAUCGAUGCACUUCUUAUGUAUCUUUUAGAAUGACAGAAUUCAGAACAAAUAAUUAUUCAUGACUGUAUUCAUCAAAAAAAGAAUUAUUCAUUAAUGUACUUGAUAGAGUAAAGUAAUUAACCAUCUUUCAAAAAGUA